AGUGUAUAAAUAAUAGUGAUGAUAGCGAGCAGGUGGUAGAAGAUAGCGUACAUUUAUUUCUAGUGCACUGAAAAUUGUUUAAAUUUGCUUAGUGUACACUGUACAUACUCGCUCAAGAAAUUUAUUAAAAUUUGAUUUUAUACAAUGGCUGUGUCCAAAUCUACAAAUACUUAUAAUCGACAAAAUUGGGAAGAUUCGGACUUCCCAAUACUAUGUCAGACAUGUCUUGGAGAUAACCCUUAUAUACGAAUGACUAAGGAAAAAUAUGGAAAGGAGUGUAAAAUUUGUGCUCGUCCAUUCACUGUCUUUCGUUGGUGCCCUGGUUCAAGAAUGCGUUUUAAGAAAACUGAGAUUUGCCAGACAUGCUCUAAACUCAAGAAUGUUUGUCAAACAUGUCUGUUGGAUCUUGAAUAUGGACUUCCAAUUCAAGUACGAGAUGCUGCUUUGAAAAUCCAAGAUGAUCUACCUCGCAAUGAAGUGAAUAAGGAAUACUAUAUUCAGAAUUUGGACAGUCAAAUGUCUAAAUUUGAUUCAACGCAGCCUAGUAAUUCUGCUUUAAAAUCUAAAGGCGCAUCUGAUUUACUGCUGCGCUUAGCGAGAACCGCUCCUUACUACAAACGGAAUAGACCUCAUGUGUGUUCAUUUUGGGUUAAGGGAGAAUGUAGGAGAGGUGAAGAGUGUCCAUAUAGACAUGAAAAACCUACAGAUCCAGAUGACCCACUAGCUGAUCAAAAUAUCAAGGACAGAUAUUAUGGUGUAAAUGAUCCUGUGGCAGAAAAGUUGAUGAGGCGUGCCGCUGCUAUGCCAGCACUGCCUCCACCUGAAGACAGAACUGUUACAACACUUUAUAUUGGAAAUUUGCCAGACAAUAUUACAGAGGAUGAAUUAAGAGGACAUUUCUAUCAAUAUGGUGAAAUAAGAUCUCUUACACUGGUGCCCAGAGCUCAAUGUGCCUUUGUACAGUACACAACCAGAAGUGCUGCAGAACAUGCAGCUGAGAAAACAUUUAAUCGACUAGUAAUAGGAGGGAAGCGGCUUACUAUCAAGUGGGGUAAAUCUCAAGGUCGUCAAGGUUUGAAUGAAAAGAAUGAAAUGCCGCCACCAUUGGAACCGGUGCCUGGUUUACCUGGAACUUUACCACCUCCUCCUGCAUUCUUACAUCCAUUCCAGCCGCAGAUGCCUCCACCCCCGAACCGGCCCAACGAUUUCUUCAACUUGCACCACUACGGUCCCCCUGCGGGGUGGGCCCCAUGGCCGCCGGCGGGCGCGCCCCCCGCGCCUCCUCCUCCUGCGCCCCUCUCGCUGCACUACCCCAGCCAAGACCCGAGUCGACUCGGCGCCCACGCCCACGCAAACGCCCCGCAAACCUAGCCCUAGACAGUUUGUUAAAACAUUAUGUUUUUACUUGUCAAAUUCUGACAAUAUUAUAUUUUAUGUACGUA